AUGGCUGAUAGUGUACUUAUAUACCUUAAACAUGAAAUACUUCAUCAAUGUCCUGAAAGAAAUCAGCAAGAUUUUUCAGAAAUAACCCAAAAGCAGAUUCAUGCAUGGUGGACAAUAUUUAUUCAAAAAGAGUUUAUUCAUGACACUAAUCAAAUAAAAUCAGCAAAAAUUUUUUUAGAAGAAUGCAAUCUUCAAGUUAUUAUGUUUAAUAAUGAUAAUAGAACGAAUGUAUUAGGAUAUAAGCUUUACUCUAUAAUUGGUCAGUAUGACAGUGCAGAUUUUGCAAUAGCAUACUUAUUUGUUGAAGAGAAUAAGCAAGAUG